AAGGAGUCUAGUCCACCGCCCACCGCAGGAGACUGGGGGAUGUUCCACCAUCCUGGAUUUACAACCAUUUCAAGGAUAUUUGAACACAAAGAAGACAUUUUUUUGGUGGGAUUUUUCUAAACGCUGACUACUGGAGUUGGAUAUCACCCGGAAAGCUUUUGACGGCCACAAUUGGACUUUUCAGCCCACAUGAUUCACCGUUCACCGUCUUACCUGAGUGGCUGAAGACUCAAGGUGAAAAAGUAACGUUAGGCUAAUAAACGAAGGAACCAACAAUGGAUCAAAACUUGUUUGGUGGAGUCCCCCGGUUUCUCACCCGCCCGAAGGCGUUCUCGGUGUGUGCAGGCAAGGACGCCACGCUGAGCUGCACCAUCGUUGGCAGCCCGACCCCACUGAUCACCUGGGAAAAGGAAAAGCUGAAGCUGACAUCCGGGGGACGCUUCAAGACCGUGGAGGAUGGAGAUGUGUACCGCCUGACCAUCUAUGACUUAACGCUGGAGGACAGUGGCCAGUACAUGUGCCGGGCCAAAAACACUGUUGGGGAAGCUUAUGCUGCGGUAACCCUCAAAGUGGCCCUGCCAACGGAGAUGGCACAGAGGGCCCCCGUUUUCCUGCUUAAGCCUACAUCUACACGCGUAGGAUUGGGAGGCGAUGUCGUGUUCCUCUGCCGGGUCGCAGCUUACCCUGACGCCAACUUUGAUUGGGAGAAAGAUGGGCGCUACUUGGGGGAGUCUAACCGUGUCAAGAUCGUUUCCGACAGUGACAGCAGCACCUUAAAGAUCCAAAGUGUGCGUAAUCUGGACAGCGGCACCUACACCUGCAGGGCCAAGAACACGGUCGGCCGUGCACAUGCUGCGGCAGCCCUGGUUGUAGACGCCCAGGAUGCCCGCCACACUGCAGACAAGAACACCUCCCUCCUUUCUCACCUACAAAAGCGCAAAGAGGAAAUGAACAAGGACAUCUCGAUCUAUCGCACCGAAGAAAGCAGCUCCUCGGUUUCUUCCUCCUCCAAAACCAACAUCAGAGAUAGUUUGAGUUCCCUGAGUCUGGAACACGAGCUGAGGGCCUCUGCGCUGGCAAAGCUUCCCAAAGGUGUGUUCACCCGUACCUGCACGGUGACUGAAGGAAAACACGCCAAACUCAGCUGCUUUGUGACGGGUCACCCUAAACCCCACAUCAUCUGGAGGAAGGAUGGCACGAACAUCAGCGAGGGCCGCAGGCAUGUCAUUUAUGAGGACCAAGCUGAGAACUUCAUCCUCAAGAUCCUGUACUGCAAGCAGAAUGAUAAUGGUCUCUACACCUGCAAUGCAACCAAUAUGGCUGGGCAAACCUACAGUGCCGUGUUGGUAACAGUCAAAGAGCCUAAGGUGCCAUUCAAGAGGAAGCUGCAGGACGUGGAGGUACAAGAGAAAGCAUCAGCCACAAUGAUGUGUGAGGUGCCUGUCAGUGCCACUCACGCCAAUUGGUUCAUGGAGGAAACGAGGCUGGAGCAAAGUACCAAAUAUUACAUGGAGCAGGAAGGCACCCUGCGUCGUCUCACCAUACACAAUGUCACAACCAACGACGAUGGUGUUUAUAUCUGCGAGAUGAAAGAAGGCAGUCGUACUGUGGCUGAGCUCACCGUCCUGGGCAACAUCACUAAGAAGCUUCCUCGGAGGACAGUAGUUCCUGUCAGUGACACUGUCAUCUUCUGUGUGGAGCUGGAGCAUCCUUUCCCGGACGCCUACUGGACCCGCAAUGGCGAGAAGCUGAAGGAAGAUUCCCGUAUUUCCAUCGCCUGCAUGCUCCGACAGUACACACUCACUAUUAGAGAUUGCCAGGCAGACGACUCAGGAGAAGUGGCCUUUGUCGCUGGAGACUGCAAGACUUCCACUCGAUUCUCUGUCACUGCUGCAAGGAAGCAUCCUCCCGAUCCCCCAGUCGAUGCCGUGGUGAAGAGCAAGACCGAGUCAUCCAUCACCAUUCAGUGGUCUCCUCCUGACAGCGGCCGCCCUGUGCCCAUCAAGGGCUACAUUGUGGAGAGGAGGAAGGUUGGCACCCAGACAUGGCAGAGGUGCAAUGCUGGAGAAACCAUUGUGUCAACAGAGGUCACCAUCUGCCACUUCACUGAAGAAGCAAGCUACCAAUUCCGCAUCUCUGCUAUGAACGACUUUGGCCAGAGUUCCUACCUUGAGGUGCCUGGAAGCUUCUACCUCGAACCCUCUGCUGAAAUCAGGAAAGGCCUAAUGAACAGUACUGCGAUCACUGGGGAGGAAUUCUCUAUCUCAGUGGAGCUGUCUGCUGUCUGUUCUGGCUUCUGGUCUCUAAACGGCCGCCUCCUGCGCAGUGGAGCUGACUACCUCAUCACCAGGUCCAAGAACACACACACUCUGCUCAUCCGUUUAGUGACUGUGGAAAUGGACGGAGCUGAAGUCAAGUUUGUGGGUGGAGGCUCGCAAAGCAGUUGUGUCCUUUCUGUGAAGGCUCCUCCUUUGAGGUUCACCAACAAGUCAGAUAUCAUAGAGGUGGUGAUCUGCAGUGCCCAAGCCACUGCUCAGCUGACUGCUGAGGUGUCGGAUUAUGAUGCAAAGGUGGUUUGGAUGAGGAAUGGGCGGGAGGUGAAGAUGGGAAAGAAGUAUGAAUGUAUGAUCAUCGACCGCAAGAGGAUCCUGAUGGUACAUAAUGUUACAGAGGAAGAUGUGGGCAUCUACGAGUGUGUUUUAGGUGAUGAAAGAUUGUCCCUGCAACUCGCUCUUAAAGAUGAACCUGCCAAGUUUCUGAACAAAGCCAGAGGUACCAUGGGAUUGUCAUCGACCCUUAAAGGAGAUCUUGAGCUGAGCUGUGAGGUAUCUCCUGCCAGCGCGACCGUUGUGUGGAAAAAAGAUCAAGUGGAGAUCAAUGAGGACCAAAGAAGUACCAUCAUCUCCAAAGGGACUCAAAGGAAGCUCAUCAUCAAGAGUGCCAAGAAAAGUGACGAAGGACAUUACUCUUGUGAGACAGCAGCAGACAAAGUCACAUUCCAGGUCAAGAUAAAAGAAACUCAAGCACUAGCUGCCUUCUCCAACAAGGAGUCAGUCCAGAAGGAGGUGAAAGCUACUCUCUCCAAGAAAGCUACUCUUAGUUGCAAUGUUUCGGACAGCAAGACUGAGGUGAAAUGGUACAAAGAUGGCAAGCUGUUGGUAUCCAGUAAGACAAUAUACUCAGAAGUGAAAGGCAGUACUCGUCAGCUGGUGAUAGAAAAGGUGGAGAAGAGUGAUGCUGGAGAGUAUACAUGCGAAGCUGGGGGGGAUAAGCUGGUCUUCAAGAUAUCUGUGUCAGCUUCAGAGGCCCAGUCAGCUUUCUUCAACAAGGAGUCAGUCCAGAGGGAGGUGAAAGCCACUCUCUCCCAGAAAGCCACUCUGAGCUGUGAGGUAGCUGAUAUCAAGACAGAGGUGAAAUGGUACAAGGAUGGCAAGUUGGUCACUUCCAGUAAGACAGUCCAUACUGAGUCGAAAGACAAGCGCCGCCAGCUGGUGAUCGACCGCGUGGAGAAAAAGGAUGCUGGAGAGUACAUCUGUGAGGCUGGGACUGAGAAGCUGGCUUUUAAGAUGCACGUGGCAGAGGCCCAGCCAGCCUUCUUCAACAAGGAGUCAGUCCAGAAGGAGGUGAAAGCCACUCUCUCCCAGAAAGCCACUCUGAGCUGUGAGGUUUCUGAUACCAAGACAGAGGUGAAAUGGUACAAGGAUGGCAAGCUGCUGACUUCCACUAAGACAAUCCAUACUGAGUCGAAAGUCAAGAGUCGGCAGCUGGUGAUCGACAGCGUGGAGAAGAAGGAUGCUGGGGAGUAUAUCUGUGAGGCUGGGACUGAGAAGCUGGUCUUCAAACUCCAGGUGGCAGAUGCACAGGUCCAGUCUGCAUUCUCCAACAAGGAGUCAGUCCAGAAGGAGGUGAAAGCCACUCUCUCCCAGAAAGCCACUCUGAGCUGUGAGGUUUCUGAUACCAAGACAGAAGUGAAAUGGUACAAGGAUGGCAAGCUGCUGACCACCAGCAGGACAAUACAUGCAGAUUCAAAGGGCAAGAGUCGCCAGCUGGUCAUAGACAGCGUGGAGAAGAAAGAUGCUGGAGAGUACAUCUGUGAGGUUGGGACUGAGAAGCUGGUCUUCAAAAUACAUGUGGAAGUUACUUCUACAGAAGGCCAGGCUAAAUCCGCUUUCCUCAACAAAGAGUCUGUCCAGAGGGAAGUAAAAGCUACUCUCUCCCAGAAAGCCACCCUGAGCUGUGAGGUAGUUGAUAACAAGACAGAGGUAAAAUGGUACAAGGACGGAAAACUGCUGAGUUCCAGCAGAGCAGUUCACUUGGAAUCAAAGGGCAAGAUCCGUCAGUUUGUGAUCGACAGCGUAGAGAAGAAAGAUUCUGGAGAAUACAUCUGUGAAGUUGGAACUGAAAAAUUGGCAUUUAAAGUACAUGUAACAGAGAUCCAACUCAAGUCAGCCUUCUCCAAUAAGGAUUCAGUCCAAAAUGAGGUGAAAGCCACUCUCUCUCAGAAAGCCACUCUGAGCUGUGAGGUUUCUGAUACCAAGACAGAGGUGAAAUGGUACAAAGAUGGCAAGCUGCUCACUUCCAGUAAGACAGUCCAUACUGAGUCGAAGGGAAAGAGUCGCCAGCUGGUGAUCGACAGCGUGGAGAAGAAGGAUGCCGGGGAGUACAUCUGUGAGGCUGGAACUGAGAAGCUGGCUUUUAAGAUACAGGUGGCAGAAGCCCCAGCUGGCUUCUCCAACAAGGAGUCUGUCCAGAAGGAGGUGAAAGCCACUCUCUCGCAGAAAGCCACCAUGAGCUGUGAGGUUUCUGAUUCGAAGACAGAGGUAAAGUGGUACAAGGAUGGCAAGCUGCUGACUUCCAGCAAAGCAGUCCACAUGGAGUCAAAGGGCAAGAGCCGUGAGCUGGUGAUAGAAAAAAUGGAGAAAAAAGAUGCUGGAGAAUACACAUGUGAAGCUGGAACAGAGAAGCUGGUAUUUAAGCUACAGAUGACAGAUGCAGCUGUCAAGUUCCAGAAGAAGCUUGUCAAGGAUACAUGUAUUGUUCAAGCAAGUGAAAACAUUGUUUUGACCACUGAGCUGACCGCAGAGAGUGGUAGUGUGAAGUGGUUUAGAGACGGUGUGGAGCUCAAGGAGGGCAGCAAGUAUGAAAUGAAAAAAGAUGGCCUUUCUCGUACCCUGAUAGUAAAAUCCACCGGAUCCAAAGACAGUGGAUCGUACUGCUGUCAAACUGCAGAUGACAAACUGGAGUUCAAAGUUCAAGUUAAAGAUGCAGCUUUGAAGUUUGUUGUCACUUUGAAACCCGCUACAGUGGAGUUGGGAGGUACACUUAGUCUGGUGUGUGAACUAAAUCAAGCCUCAGGGGAUGUUAUCUGGCAGCAUGGCGGUCGUGAGAUAAAACCUGGAGGCAGGUACUGUGUAAGAACAGAUGGUGCUAAGCGGUUUCUCACCGUGAGUGGCAUGACUAAAGAAGAUGAAGGAGAAUACAGCUGUGAAUGUAGAAAUGACAAGACCUCUGCUAAAGUCUCCUCAAAAGCACCCAGACUAGUGCGGCUGACCACCAAACUCAACAAUGUGGCUGCAAUGGAGGGAAAAGAGGCCAUUUUCAAGUGCGCUGUCUCCCUAGCAGACGUCAACGUGAAAUGGUUUCACAACAGUAUACCCAUCGCUGCUGGGCCCAAGUAUAAGAUUGAGCAUGGUGGCAACAGUCACUCACUCACCAUCACCUCUGUCACCCAAAAAGAUGCUGGAGAAAUUAGCGUUGACGCUGAAGGCAAAAGCUGCAAAGCUACCCUACAAGUGCAACAUGAGCCUGUGACAUUUAAGAAAAAGCUAGAAAACCUGACAGUGGAGGAGCAGAGUGAAGUGAAGCUGGAGGUGGAACUAAGUAAGCCAUCAGACGAAGUGAGGUGGAUGAAGAACAGCGUAGUCCUGCAGCCUGCAGGAAACAUGGAGAUUCGGGUGGAUGGAGCUAAGCAGGCUCUGGUCUUCAAGAGUGUGACUCAUGCUGACCGGGGCAUGUAUUCCUGUGAAACUCUUGAUGACAAAACCCAGGGCAAACUCACCGUGGAGAUGAAGAAGAUCCAGGUAAUAAAGGGCCUAAAAGAAACCAAGGCACAUGAGACAGAGACAGUUACUCUGGAGGUAGAACUCAGCCAGGCUGAUGUCGAGGGCUCCUGGACCAGGGAUGGGGCCAAGUUAAAGGCAGGGGCAAACUGCCGUAUCACAGCAUUGGCAAAGAAACAUGCCCUAACAUUGUCCAAUCUCAAGAGGGAGGAUGCAGGAACUAUUGCCUUCCAAGCAGAAGGAGUACAUGUUUCUGGCAAACUGAUUGUAACAGAACCUCCUUCUAUGAUCUCCAAGCCCAUUUUGGAUAUUAGUGUUCCUGAGAAGGAGAAGGUUACUUUUGAAUGUGAAGUUUCCAGAACAAAUGCAGAUGUUAAAUGGUUUAAGGAUGAUGUGGAACUGAAACCAGGGAAGAACUUUGGCAUCCAUUCUUUGGGUCGAAAGCGCACUUUGGUCAUCAACAAAUGCACCCCUGAAGAUGCAGGCACUUACAUCUGUCGCACAACUGAUGACAACACUUCUGCUAAGCUCACCAUUCAUGCCAGAGAUAUUAAGAUUAUUAAGAAGUUGGAAGAUGUGGAGGUGAUGGAGAAGGAGAGUGCUGCAUUUGUCUGCGAAAUUUCUCAUGAUGAAGUGGACUGUCAGUGGUACAAAGGAAGUACCAAAGUCAAAGUCAGUGACAACAUCAAGAUGAGACAAGAGGGCAAAACCUAUGUACUGCUGUUUAAGUCUGUUUCCCCAGAAGAUAUGGGUGAUAUUAAAUUCACAGCUGAGAAGGCCUCUUCAACUGCAAAGCUUAAAGUGAAAGAGCUGCCUGUCAAGUUUGUGAAGAGACUCAGGGAUAAGAUAGCGAUGUAUAAACAUCGCGGUCAUCUUGAAUGCCAAGUGUCACGUGCCAGUGCAAAGGUGAAGUGGUUCAAGAACAAGACGGAGAUCAAACCCGGCAAGAAGUAUGAGAUCAAAAGUGAAGAUGUGUACCGAAAACUCACCAUCAACGACGUGGACGAGGGUGACGAGGACACGUAUACCUGUGACGCCACUGAUGACAAGACAUCCUGUAAACUACUUGUGGAAGAGCAAUCCAUCAGCAUUGUGCGGGAGAUUAGUUCUGUAGAAGUGACAGAACCCUUUGCAGCUGUUUUUGAAGUUGAAAUCAGUAUGGAACUGGUGAAACCUCCUACAUGGACUCUGAAUGGAGUUGCUGUGCAGGAGAGCGCUGAUGUUGAAAUGGAGAAAGAGGGCACUAUGCACUGUCUCACUUUCAAAAAGACCAAAGCAUCAAUGACAGGACCUGUACAGUUUACAGCUGGGAAGAGCAAAUCUUCAGCCCAGCUCACAGUCAAAGAGCGUCCGCUUGAGGUCGCAGAGCCCAUCAAAGAUGUGAAGGCAAAGGAGAAAAGCUCGGCCAUACUUAGCUGCAAAUUCUCUGCCACACCCAAAGAGGUUAAUUGGUUCAAAGGUCAGGUACCUCUGGCAGCGUCAGAUAAGUAUAACAUGAAGCAAGAUGCUACAAGGGCUCAACUUACCAUACAAAGGUUGACUGAGGAAGAUAGUGGAGAGUACUGCUGUCAGUCUGGACCGGCUAACACCAAAGGCACACUUACUGUUGAAGUGCGUGAAAUUAAGGUCACCAAGCACUUGGCCGACACAGAGGUAGACGAAGACAGCGAUGCGGUUUUCACAAGCGAGAUUAACUACGCAGAUGAAGAGGUGCAGUGGCUCCUGAAUGACAAGGUGCUCUUCACUAAUGAAGUCAACACCAUCACUCAUGAGGGGAAGGUUCACAAGCUCACACUGAAGAACUUAGCACCUCAGGAUGGGGGAACUAUCACCUUUCAAGUCCGCAAGGUGAAAGAGUCUGUGACACUCAGGGUUAAAGAGAAGCGUGCUGUCUUCCUCAAGUCUCUAGAUGAUGUCAUCGGAGAGGAGAAAGGCAUGAUAACUCUGGCGUGUGAGGCGUCCAAGCCCAGGGUUUCUCCCACAUGGAGAAAAGAAGGUAAAGUCUUGAAGGCUGGACCAAAGUAUGAGCUUCUUCACACGGGCAAGUCUUUGGGGCUGAUCAUCAAGGAUGUCACCAAAGAAGAUGCUGGAGAGUAUAGUUGUGAUCUUGGAACUGAAGUUUCUAAAGCAAAGGUCACUGUAAGAGAGAUUGGCAUUGGAAUAACCAAAUGGCUGAAGUCAGCUGAGGUGAAUGAGGGAGAGUCUUGUACCUUUGAAUGCAUCUUAUCUCGUGAGAGCACAGAUGAGUGUUCCUGGACCCUUAAUGGCCAAACUAUUACAAAUGGAGGCCGCUUCAAAAUCACCAGUAAAGGACGCAAGUACAUGCUCACCAUUAAGGAUGUCACUCCUGCUGAUGCUGGAGAGGUGGUCUUCAACAUUAAAGAUCUGAGCUCCAAAACAACAUUAACAGUUGAAGGCAAAGCUUCGUCUGUGUCAAAGGGACUACAGAAUGUUAGCGUUGAUCAAGGGGAAGAUGCUGUAUUUACCUGUGAGGUAACACAGGCUAGUUCCACCGUAAAGUGGUCCAAGGAAAGCAAAGCCAUCAAAAAGAGCCAGAAGUAUGAUAUUAGCCAAGAGGACAAGGUCAUGAAGCUGAUCAUCCACAAUGUCUCUGCUCAAGACUCUGGAGAGUACAGUUGUGAAGUUGUUGGAGGUGCAACCACCAAAGCCAAGCUUGAAAUCAAAGAGCCAAUCCAUAAAUUCACUAAAACACUGAAGGACAGUGAAGCCGUGGAGAAGAGUUCUGUGACCUUGAAUUGUGAGACUGCACAAACCCCAUCUACUGUUAUAUGGCUUAAAGGGCACACAGAGCUCAAGGCUGGAGGCCGAUAUGAGAUGUCCCAGAAGGAGGGGGUCAUAACUCUCACCAUCAAGCACCUGGAGGAGAAAGACACUGAUAUCUACACUUGUGACGUUGGCACUGCCAAGAGCAUGGCAAAGGUGACAGUCAAUGCCCUGCCUGCCAGUUUCAAAGAGAAGCUCAAGAACCAAGAGAAAAACACAGGGGAGGCUGUGACACUUUGCUGCACGUUAUCAAAAUCUGGGGCUGACGUUCAGUGGAAGAAAGGCUCUGAAAUUCUCAAAGCUGGAGAGAAGUAUGAGAUGAAGCAGAAGGAGACCUGUUGCGAGCUUCAUAUUAAGAAUUUGAAGGUUGAAGAUAGCGGAGAGUACUCUUGCGUGUGUGGGGACCAGAAGACAUCUGCAACUGUAAAAGUCAAUGCAUUACCACCGACCUUCAUACAGAAGUUGCAAAGCCAGGAGGCUGAAGAGGGAACUGACAUUACUCUGCACUGUGAGCUCUCUGAACCUGGAGUCCCAGUGGAGUGGAAGAAGGGAACACAGAUCCUGAAGUCUGGAGAAAAGUAUCAGAUAAAGCAGAAGGCCUCUGUGAAUGAACUCCUGAUCAACAAAGUGUUGCCAGAAGACAGCGGAGACUACAGCUGUGUGUGUGGAGACCAGAAGACAACAGCCAGCCUCAAUAUUAAGGCCCAACCAGUGACCUUCAAACAGAAGCUGGAGAGCCAGGAGGCUGAAGAGGGAGCCGACAUUACUCUGUGCUGUGAGAUCUCUAAACCUGGAGUUCCAGUGGAGUGGAAGAAGGGAACACAGGUCCUGAAGUCUGGAGAAAAGUACCAGAUGAAGCAGAAGGCCUCUGUGAAUGAACUCCUGAUCAACAAAGUGUUGCCAGAAGACAGCGGAGACUACAGCUGUGUGUGUGGAGACCAGAAGACCACAGCUAGCCUGAAGAUCAAGGCCCAACUAGUGACCUUCAAACAGAAGUUGGAAAGCCAGGAGGCUGAGGAGGGAGCCAGCGUUACUCUGUGCUGUGAGAUCUCUAAACCUGGAGUUCUAGUGGAGUGGAAGAAGGGCACACAGGUCCUGAAGUCUGGAGAAAAGUACCAGAUGAAGCAGAAGGCCUCUGUGAAUGAACUCCUGAUUGAGAAAGUGUUGCCAGAAGACAGCGGAGACUACAGCUGUAUGUGUGGAGAACAGAAGACAACAGCCAGCCUGAAGAUCAAGGCCCAACCAGUGACCUUCAAACAGAAGUUGGAAAGCCAGGAGGCUGAGGAGGGAGCCAGCGUUACUCUGUGCUGUGAGAUCUCUAAACCUGGAGUUCCAGUGGAGUGGAAGAAGGGCACGCAGGUCCUGAAGUCUGGAGAAAAGUACCAGAUGAAGCAGAAGGCCUCUGUGAAUGAACUCCUGAUCAAUAAAGUGUUGCCAGAAGACAGCGGAGACUACAGCUGUGUGUGUGGAGACCAGAAGACAACAGCCAGCCUGAAGAUCAAGGCCCAAGCAGUGACCUUCAAACAGAAGCUGGAAAGCCAGGAAGCUGAAGAGGGAGCCGACAUUACUCUGUGCUGUGAGAUCUCUAAACCUGGAGUUCCAGUGGAGUGGAAAAGGGGAACACAGGUCCUGAAGUCUGGAGAAAAGUACCAGAUGAAGCAGAAGGCCUCUGUGAAUGAACUCCUGAUCAACAAAGUGUUGCCAGAAGACAGCGGAGACUACAGCUGUGUGUGUGGAGACCAGAAGACAACAGCCAGCCUCAAUAUUAAGGCCCAACCAGUGACCUUCAAACAGAAGUUGGAAAGCCAGGAGGCUGAGGAGGGAGCCAGCGUUACUCUGUGCUGUGAGAUCUCUAAACCUGGAGUUCCAGUGGAGUGGAAGAAGGGCACACAGGUCCUGAAGUCUGGAGAAAAGUACCAGAUGAAGCAGAAGGCCUCUGUGAAUGAACUCCUGAUCAAUAAAGUGUUGCCAGAAGACAGCGGAGACUACAGCUGUGUGUGUGGAGACCAGAAGACAACAGCCAGCCUGAAGAUCAAGGCUGUGAAGCUGUCAGCUCCUCCUUCAGCUACUAAACUGGAAUCUAAGAGGCAGGAGACCAAAGAAACAACGGAAGCAAAGACACCUGAAGCUCCGUCUGUGGCUGCUAAAGACAAGCACGAGAGGCAAGAGAUAAAUGAGACAGUAGAAGCUGUGACACUGCCAUCUACUGGACAGGCUCCUAAACAGCAGUUCCUCAAUCAGGAGAUUCAGAGAGAGUCACAAGAGCUCAAAGUUGGAGGUGAAGUUGAAAACACUGCUGCUGGAAAAGCUGCAAAACAAGAUAUACAGAAGCAGGGGAGCAAAGAGCCAGUAGAAGUUACAGCAGAGAAGGCACCAGCUUCAGCAGUGACCCCCAAAGUUGAACUUGAGAAGCAGGAAUCCAAAAAGAGAAUUGAAGAGAUUGAAAAUUCUGCUGUGUCUGAAGUCACACCAAAGCCAGAGCCUACAAAGAUGGAUAACAAAGUGAAUGGACAAGCCGCACCUGUACUGUUCAAGAAGGAGCUGGAAAGUCAAGAGGCCAUUGAGGGAGACAAGGCCACCCUGUCCUGCGAGACUUCCAACUCCGACUGCAAGGUGACCUGGCUGAAAGGCUCAACUGUGCUCAUCCAUGGGGAAAAGUACAGUUUGGAGCAGAGGGCCACCACCCACAUCCUGAUCAUACACAACGUGAAUGUGAAGGAUAGUGGAGAAUAUAUCUGCGAUACAGGGGACAAGAGAAGCACUGCUAGCCUGACUGUGAAAGAGCAUGUGCGCAUCCUACGAGAACUCUGUGAUAUUACUGUGACCACUGGGCAGGAUGCUGUCUUUGAGGUUGAGCUGUCACACUCUGGCGUGACAAACGGGGAAUGGUGGCUUGGGGACAACCUCCUUCAAAAUAACGAUCUGAAUCAAAUGAGCAGCCAGGGCAGAGUGCACCGUUUGGUCCUGAAGAUGGUGACCACAGAUGAAUCAGGGGAUGUUGCCUUUGUAGUGGGAGAAGAGAAGACUGUGGCUUGUCUUCUGGUGGAGGAGAAACCCAAAGUGCUAAUACUAGAGAAGCCACACAACACUUUGGCAUUAGAGGGUGAAACUGUCACUCUGGCCUGCACCAUCUCUGACCCCAAGGCAACUGUUACCUGGACCAGAAACAACGUGGUCAUCCAAGCAGGUCUCAAGUAUGACCUGAAGAAGAACGGAACAUUCCACCAGCUUCGUAUCCACAACCUGGUGCCUGAUGACUCAGGAAUGUACACCUGUGACACUGGAGAUGCACAGUGUGAUGUCUCCUUGACUGUGGAAGGUGCUCCAGUGUUUUUCCGCAAAGAGCUCAAGAACCAGGACGCCAUAGAGUGUGAUGAUAUUACCCUACGCUGUGAGAUGUCUAAGCCAGGUGUUCGCGUUGAGUGGAGGAAAGGAGGCAUGGUCCUCCAGCCCGGUAAGAAGUAUGAGAUGAGGCAGGAAGGGUGCAUUCACGAGCUCUGUAUGCGGAACCUGGAGCCUGAAGACAGUGGCUACUACACGUGUGACGCAGGAGACCAGCUGACUACAGCUUCUUUGGCAGUGCAAGUGAAAGAAGUCUUCAUUGUGUGUGGUCUUAAGGCCACUGACGUCUUUGUUGGAGAAUGGGCAACCUUCUCCUGCCAGCUGUCUGGUAGGGCACCUGGCAAGGUGCAGUGGUGGCUGGAUGGCACCUUGCUGGAGAACAGCCCCAGUAGUGAGAUAGGGCUGAGCCAGGGCCACAUCUACACACUCACCUUAAAGAACCUGGCUACAGAUGACUCUGGCACUGUCACGUUCAAAACUGGCAGCUUAACAUCAACCGCCAAGCUCUUAGUCAAAGAUCCCACAGUUGAAGUGGUGAGCGAGAUGGAGGACCUACGGGUAGUCGAAAACCAACCGGCCGAGUUCAUCUGCCAGUACUCAAGGCCUGUCAAGGCUCAGUGGAAGAAAGACGGGCAGCCAUUGCAGCCUGAUGGCCGAAGGGUGGUAGUGGAGCAGGACUGGAAUGUGGCUCGCUUGUAUAUUAGCCGUGUGUCCGCUGAGGACAGAGGCUCAUACUCCUGUGAAGCACAGGGGACCUGCGUGGUCGCUUCACUUCAUGUGGAAGCCAAACCCAUUGACAUUGUCCAGGGCCUGGAGAAUGCAGAGACCUUCGAUGGAGGUGAAGCGCUGUUUGAGUGCGCCCUUUCUCGUCCUGAGAGCAAAGAUUGCCACUGGCUUCUUGAUGGGAAACCUGUGAAGGAAACCCCCAAUGCUGAGAUUGUGACAUUUGAGAGUGGUCGUCGUCACCUGCUCCUGCUGAAAGAGUUGCGCAUUAAAGACAGUUGCACAGUGACCUUCAAAGCUGGCACAGCAUCCACAUCUGCCCAACUCUCUGUCAAAGGUUGGCAGCUGGAUGUUGUGAAGGGUCUGGAGGACAAGGUAGCUGCAGUGGGAGAGAAGGUUGAGUUUUGUGUUGAGCUCACCGAGCCCGUCCCUGCGACAGAAGUAGCCUGGUAUGCUAAUGGCGUUGAGCUCAAGGCCAGUGACCUCUGGGCUAUGAGGAUUGAUGGCUGUUCUUAUCGCCUGGUCCUGAGACAGGCACCUCUCAUGCCAAAGCAGGAAAUUACAUUUGCUGCUAGAGAUGCUCUCUCUUUGGCCAAGCUCACCAUCAUCACUGUACCUGAUCCUCCAGAGGACCCAGAGGUCCUCAGUAAGACUACACAGUCUGUCGCCCUCUCUUGGUUCACUCCUCUACAUGAUGGAGGGAGUCCCAUUCUGGGCUACAAGGUGGAGAUGCGGCUGGUGGACAGUGCCCUCUGGCUUCCAUGUCAUUCUGAACCUGUUUGCAACACAGAUUUUGUGGUUGAAAAUCUUACCCCAGGCGGUGGCUACAGGUUUAGAGUGGCAGCUAUCAACAGAGCUGGGAUUGGAGAGCCUGUUGAGUUGCCUCAGACUGUACAGCUUGAGACAGCCACAAAGCCACAAACAUGCCCAGAUACAGAGGCUAAACAGGUAGAGACUGAGACACUGGGCCAGCCCAGUCUGCCUCCAGAAGCUGCUGAAGAAGGUGAUGUGCAUGAGCUGUGGGAGGAAUCGGCCAAGAAACGCCGCAUGAGUCGAGAGCCCACUCUGGACUCCAUCUCUGAACAACCCGAGGAGGACGGCAAAGGUGGUCAAAAGAAGUCCGAACAGACAGACAUGAAGGUGUCAGAGAAAGUGGAAAUAAAAUCAGGAGAGAAGGAGCAGACCAUCGUGUCUAAGAAGCAGACAGAGUCCAACUUGUGCACCAGCUCAGAGGAUGAGUCUGUUUCUGGGGGUCCAACACUUGUGUCCUACCUCAAGAAGAGCAGCAAGUCUGCUGUCACAGUGACCAAUGAGUCAGAGACUCUGAGCGCUGAGAGGUUCUUUGCGCAUUUCCAGAUGGCAGAGGAGAAAACAGUGACUGAAGUGCAAACAACCACAAUUCAGAAGACGGAUGUAAAACAGGUGUCUACAGAGGAGACUAUGGAGACCAGUAAAGAGGAUGAGCCUGAGCUUAGAGAGGCUGCCAUUAAGAUUCAAGCUGCCUUCAAGGGCUACAAAGCCCGCAAGGACAUGCGUCCUGUCUUUAAAGAGGUCUAUAAAGACCAGACCAAGGAACCUAAUGGCACCAUACAUCUAGAAUGUGUGGCAGAAGGUAAACCUGAUAAGGUGCUGUGGCUGAAGGAUGGAGAACCACUGACGGAUGGCAAGCACCACCAUAUUGAUAUCUACAAUGAUGGUACCUGCUCACUGGUCAUCACUGCCAUCACCACAAAGGAUACUGGGGUUUACACUUGUGAGGUCACCAACAAGUAUGGAGUGUCUUCUCACAGCGGUAAGGUCACAGUAGGAACGGCGAGAGAAUCGUCCGGGCGACGGCCACUGACUGUGGGCUACAGUGCUGACAGCGAGCCCGAGAGCUCCUCAGGUAGUGAGAUGGAUGAGUCACUGAGGCAGGCAAGCAGACGUCUCCGGCGCCUUCUGCGCACACGUCUUCCACCAGAUGUUGAGGAAGAAUCAUUUGUCAGCGCAGAUGAAGGAGACAUACGUCCCCCAGAUCCCCACUCUUACCGGGAGGAUGACAAUUACAUCUACAUUCGCUUUGAUUCACGGAAGGAGGCCGAGGUUGCCUCAAAGAGGUUCCAGGAGAUGUUUACAGUCCAUGGGGUUCCCGUGGAGACCACCAUCCUGGAGGCAGGCCAUCUCAAAGUGGAGCUGCGAAUUAGAAAGAUGGGCUACACGCAAGAUGGCACGGAGACCCCCACACAAGAUAGACAGCCUUCUGUACUGAUUGCUGGAGCCCCGGCUGCCCCAGUCUUCUUGACAGAGCUACAAAGUCAGGAUGUUCCAGACGGUUAUCCAGUCAGCUUUGAUUGUGUUGUGAUUGGCAAGCCCCCUCCCACCGUUCGCUGGUAUAAGGAUGGAAAACUGCUGGAGGAGAAUGACCAUUACAUGAUCAAUGAAGACCAGGAAGGCUGCCACCAACUCAUCAUUACCACUGUGCUGCCCACUGACAUGGGCGUCUAUCGUUGCACAGCUGAAAACAGCAGCGGCAUUGCAGCCACUAAGGCUGAACUCAGAGUUGACAUGUCUUGCAGCUCAGAUUAUGACACUGCCGCUGAUGCCACUGAGACAUCUUCCUAUGUCAGUGCCAAGGGCUACAUGUCCAGGGAAACAGAGACAUUUGAGUCUGUAGCUGAAGAUGAUCAGCUGCCACAAGUUGUGGAGGAGCUUCAUGAUGUUCAUGUCAGUCCAGGUGCACCUAUUGCUAAGAUGCAGCUCAGACUAAAGGGCUUCCCCAAACCCAGAGUCUACUGGUUCAAAGAUAGCCACCCUCUGCGACCUUCAGAAAGGAUUAUGUUGCUGUCAAAGAGAGAUGUUCAUAGCUUGGAGAUCCUGGAGGUGAAGAGAGAGGAUAUGGGGGAGUACUCUGCUUACAUCAGCAAUGCGGCUGGUUCUGCUUACUCCUCUGCCCGACUGAUAGUUCUGAGUCCUGGGGAGAUUAUGCCACAAGAUAAACGCGACCCCAAGGAGCCCCUGGUGCCACCCCGCUUCAUUGAAAGGUUCAGCAACAGGAAGGUGAAACAAGGAGCCAGCAUCACUCUGUCUGUCAAAGUGGAAGGAUCUCCCACUCCCAUGGUCUCCUGGCUCAAGGAGGAAUCAAUGGAAGAUGUCCUGUGGAUCAAGCCUGAUACCAAGGGAUACAAAAUAGCAAGCUCAGGGUGCCAGCACAGUCUCAUAUUGAUGGACGUGGGCACAGAAUACACUGGCGCCUACACCUGUAUUGCCACAAAUAGGGCAGGACAGUCCAUCUGCACUGCCCACCUUGAGGUUGAUGACACACCACAACCAAAGAAAGAGUCCAAACCCUCAGAGGUUCUUGGGAUUACAGUUAGUCCUCCAGAAGAGGAGGCUAGCCGGGGAAUAGAGGGUAAAAUGUCCUACUUAGGUGAAGUAGGCACAGAGGAAUUCCUUAUGAAACUCACCUCGCAGAUCACUGAAAUGGUAUCAGCAAAGUUUACCCAUGCUUCAUUACGUGUACCAGGUGCUGACAGUGACGACGAGACCAAGACCCCUUCUCCAUCACCUCACCACGGUCGCUCUCGUCCUCCCUCCCUCAUUGCUGACUCCUCCUCUGAGUCUGAUGAGGGGGAUGCCAGGGGGGAGAUGUUUGACAUCUAUGUAGCAACGGCUGACUACAACCCCACCAUAGCAAGCAAAGAAUCCAUCUCUCUAAAGGAGGGACAGUAUGUUGAGGUUUUGGACUCAGCUCAUCCACUCAAAUGGUUAGUCCGGACCAAACCCACCAAAACUACACCAUCUCGCCAAGGCUGGGUCUCACCUGCCUACCUGGACAAGAAACUCAAACUCUCUGCUGAUACGGGUGACCUUCCAGAAACAAGUGUAGAGGAAGUGUCUGAGGGUGAAUACAAGAGGAAAUUAUUCCAACUGAUCCAAGACCUGAUAAAAAGUGAAUCAGAGUUCGUAAGAGAGGUAGACUUCUUUACCACCCAUCACAUGAAGCAUACAGACAGCCCCGAUGCACCACCUGAUGUCAGCAGCCAGAAGGACACCAUAUUCAGGAACAUCGAUGACAUCAAGUCCUUCCAUUGCAAGGCAUUCCUCCCAAAAUUGAACGACUGUGACACAGAUGAUGAUGUAGCCAUGUGCUUCCUGAAGAGCAAGGAGGGCUUUGAGAAGUACCUCCAGUAUCUUGUUGGUCAGGGUCAGGCUGAAUCUGCAGUCAGUGACAAGACUGUCCACCGCUUCUUCAAGGAGUACACUGAGAAAGUGCAAGCCACUGCAGACCCUGGAGAUCCCCCUGUACACAGCAUCAACGCCUGCCUCCAACAACCGCUGGACAGGAUUCAGAAGUAUAAGGCCAUCCUCAAGGAGCUCAUUCGAAACAAGGCAAGAAAUGGCCAGAACUGCUGCCUACUGGAAGAAGCAUACGCCAUGGUGUCUGCACUCCCACAGCGCUCUGAGAAUACACACCAUGUCUCCAUGAUCGAGAACUAUCCUGCCACGCUGGAAGUAUUAGGAGAGCCAAUUAGACAGGGACCCUUCCAAGUGUGGGAAGGGGCUCCAGGAAUUAGGACGUCCUCUAGAGGUCACCACCGCCAUGUCUUCCUGUUUAAGAACUACUGUAUAAUCUGCAAACCCAAGAGAGACAGCAACACUGAUACACAAGCAUAUGUCUUUAAGAACAUGAUGAAGUUGAAUAACAUUGAUGUGAAUGAGACAGUGGAGGGUGACGACCGUGCCUUUGAGAUCUGGCACGAACGUGAGGACUCUGUGAGGAAAUACACCCUGCAGGCCCGAACUGUUACCAUCAAGAAUUCAUGGCUGAGAGACCUCAGAGAACUGCAGCAGCGAUACAGCAUGCCUGCAUGGAGUCCUCCUGACUUUGAUGAAAUUCUGGCAAACUGCACAGCAGAGCUGGGACAGACAGUUAAGUUGGCCUGCAAAGCGACUGGAGUACCCAAACCUACAGUCACUUGGUACAAGGAUGGGCGUGCUGUGGAGGCAGAUCCUCAUCACAUUAUCAUUGAGGACCCUGAUGGUUCCUGCACACUGAUCUUGGAUAACAUGACAGCAGAUGAUUCUGGCCAGUACAUGUGCUUUGCCACAAGCUCAGCUGGCAAUGCCAGCACUCUUGGCAAGAUCACUGUUCAAGUGCCGCCACGUUUUGUGAAUAAAAUGAGGAAUGCUAUAUUUGUCGCUGGUGAGGAUGGUCAAUUCACCUGCGUCAUACAGAGUGCCCCCAGCCCCAAGAUCAGGUGGUUCAAGGACGGUAGGCUGCUGACUGACCAGGAAAAGUAUCAGACCUACAGCGAGCUCCGUAGUGGGGUUCUGGUGUUGGUAAUAAAAAACCUGACAGAGAGAGACCUGGGACACUAUGAGUGUGAGUUGUCUAACCGUCUGGGCAGUGCUAAAUGUGCUGCUGAUUUAGUUCCACCCUCUGCUGUGGCUCGCACUGGUGAGCAGGCCAUCACUAUUGAAGUUACUGAGCAGGAGACAAGAAUACCAAGGAAAACCAUCAUCAUUGAGGAGACUAUAACCACUGUGGUGAAGAACCCCCGCAUGAGGAGGCACAGGUCCCCUGGCUUAACAGUUGCCGGAGCUCACCGCUCGGAGACCUCCACCCCAGAGCCCCCUGCAGCCAGGCUGAGGAGGAUGCCCACUCCAAGAAAGACCACCAUCCCGACCCUCUAUGUUACCGAACCCGAGGGUGCUGGAGCCAGGGCCACGGAGAGCAAGCCCAGGUGGGUUGAGGUAGAGGAGGUUAUUGAGUAUAAGGUCAAUAAAUCCCCCAGGCUGCCCAGGAGGAGAGGCAUCUCACCGGCAGGGUCUGAACGUGCAGCCGCUUCCUCCAGACCCAAAAGAUCUCUGCUGGAAAACCCAAACACUAACAACUCCAACAACAAGCUGGUGGAGCAGGCCCAGCUGCAGGGAGACGUCAGCAGCCAGCCGCUCUCUUGGGAAGAAGAGGAGAGUAAUGUCACCUCUGAUUCUGUCACCGGAAUCACCGGAGAGCCACAUGAGCUCUCAUCUGUCCUCACUCCAGCUGGGGAGGACAGCGAGGACCAGGAUGAUCAACAAACUGUCAUCUUCGAACCCGAUGAUGAAGAUGAUGAUCUUAACUCGUUCACAAAGCAGGAGCCGGAGCCUCAGAUUCUGACGCAAGGAGGCCGCGUCCUAACCCUUGAAGACUUGGAGGAUUAUGUCCCAGAAGAAGGAGAGACCUACGGUUCCUCCAACACCCACAACCUUGCCGCAGAAAAGCCCUGUGAGAUCUCUGUGCUCCAGAGGGAGAUUGGGGGGUCCACAGUGGGACAGCCGGUGCUCCUCAACGUGGGCCGGCCUGUCGCGGCCCCGAGGCAGAGAGGCGGCUUCUUCAGUCGCUUCAGAGAGCAUCUCUCCAGCAACCUUUUCUCAUCUGCUGUCCCCCAAGCCAGCGGAGCCCGGUCCAGGACGGAAAGGCACGUCCCUAUCCAAGUGAGCCACGCAAAGCUGGAAGUGAAGCCUUCAUACUGUUCGGAGGUGCAGAGGGUCGAGGGUGGGCAGCAGAGCUUUAAAACCAAAGUGUCAACUCAGACCUACGGCUACACAUCAGUGGGCAACCCAGUUACUCUUCAAAUCAGUGAUAACCUUUAUCAGAACCAGUAGUAGCAAACUAUUUUUAUUUGGAACCACAAACCCUCUUAGUCUUAAAUGGGGACAUUUCUACUUAAAUGAGACAUAUCCUGACCCGAAGUAUAUUUACUGCAUUUGACAGACCAUUCCAUUUUAAAGCUGCCCAUCAGAAAAUAGGCUCAUCCUUGUGAGUCUUUUUCUUGACAAAUGGUUAGAGUCAGAUGGUCUCUUAGAGUUGGAAAAUGUAGGUAUAGCUAUGUAACUGUAAGUCAGUCCCAAACAGCUGUGUUACAACUGCUUUAUGAUGUAUAUUGUGUACAAUAUACAUGGUGAACAGAAUCCAAUAAAUUAAUGUUUUAACUGAUUUUACUGAUUAACAAUUUCAUCGUCAUUUUGUAGAGGAAAAUCACGUUUCUCUUGAACCUCAAAUCAUGAACCAUGACCCACCAAUAUUAACCAAUCCAAGCAUUAUCCUCAGUGGAGACUCUUGCUAUAAACAUAAACAAAUAAUACAGUAUAUUUUGGUAGAUAUAUUUUUUUGGUUUUACUUUUGUACCUUUAAGAAAUGUUACCUUUUGCACUUUUGCAGUGCCUUGGAUUCCUGGAGCAGCAAAUGUUGGAGUUAAUGACCAUUAAUGAGGUCAUGUCUACAUGUUUCUAGUCCAGUAUUGCUAUAAGUUCAUUUAAAUAUUCAACACUGAUUAUGUAAAAUUAACAACAGAACUUCGUUGACCAUUGUGGUCCAUGGGGUGUUGUUUAAAUUUAAUCAAAGAUGUGCGGUCAAAUUGUAGUCGGUUUGGCUAAAAUCAAACAUAAGUUCACUUCUACUUUGGUUGUUUGCGAAUGAUUUAUUGUUUAGGUCAGACUGACAGCCUGUUUCACAUCAGAUCUCUGUAUUUGACUGCAUUUACAUCAUCUAUUAUUGUGAAACAGGUGUUUCUACCAUUAAUUGUGUAUUGAAUGUUAUACUCAGCCUUUUAGACAUUUUGUGUCUGUUAAUGCAGUGCAAUUACCUGGGAAUUCACAGAAUAUCACAGGGAUAUUCAUAUGUAAGGGCUAGAUAUUUAAACGAGUGACUGCAUGUAUUUGCUUUUCCAAAGCAGAUGUGUUUAUCGAGAGUAACCAGAUCUUCAAUGUUGUAUUGAUUGCAAGAAAAUGUUUAUGCAAAGUACUUGAGCUCACAGAAUUUACUACCUUGUCAAUGCAAUUUAAAAAGUGAGAAUACACUAACUGUCCCCUUAAAGAUUUGUGUGUUUGUGUUGUUUUUAAAAAGUCUUUUAGUCAGUUACAAGGAUCCUGUUAUGUAUUAAUAUUAGAGCACUAACAGAUUGUAAUUGCUUGUACUGUACAUGCGUAGUUUUUGAAAACAUGUUUGAGUACUCAGUGUUAAAUCUGAAUUAAAUAAAUGUACCGCAAAUAAUAACUAUGA